AUGUCCCAGCGCGCUGCUGCAGCAGCAGCAGCAGCAGCAGCAGCACGAGCUGCUUCGGCUGCCUUCCCGCGCCCAUCAGCACCUGCUGCUGCAACCCCAACCCCAGCAGCAGCAGCAGCAGCUGCAGCAGCAGCUCCAGCGGCAGCAGCAGCAGCAGGAGGCUUGUCAGCUUAUUAUUUGAGGUCUUUAAGAAUUGUUUAUGAGUCCACUUCUGCAUCUUCUCUUUCGCAAACAAUCAAAACGCUGCAGCAAACGCUGCAGUGGCUUCCCCACAAAACAGCAGCAGCAGCAACAGCAGCAGCAGCAGCAGUAGCAAGGCCGCCUGCAGCAGCAACAGACCCUUCAGAAGCCCCACCAUCGUCAGGAGCAGACGAAGCAGCACCUGCAGCAGCACCUGCAGCAGCACCUGCAGCACCUGCAGCAGCAGCAGCAACAGCAGCAGCAGCAGCGCCAGCAGCAGCAGCAGCAGCAGCAGCAGGGGUUUGGCUGAACUACCCUGGGGGCGUGCUGCUGCUGCCGCAGCGGCAGCCGCGGCUGGAGUGGAGAGUAACUUAUUUGAAGUCUCCUUUUAAAUUCAAAAGAGCAGCAAAACAUUUUGUCUUCAGAAAAUUCAAAUAUGCUUUCACCUUCAUCAGCCACCAGCAGCAGCAGCAGCAGCAGCAGAAGCAGCAGCAGCAGCAGCAGCGGGUGCAGCAGCAGCAGCAAGCGCAGGAGCAGCAGCAAACGCGGCAGCAGCAGCAGCAGCCACUGCAGCAGCAGCAGCAGCCACUGCAGCAGCAGCAGCAGCAGCAGCUAGUGCAGCAGCAGCAGCAGAUGCAGAUGGUGCUGUCUGCAGCGCUGGGGUCCAUGGGAGAGGGGGUUUCCAUGAGGGCUGACUUCGAGUGGCAUAAUCCUGGGCCUCCCGAAUUUGCUGCUCAGCGGCAGCAGCUGCAGCAGCAGUACUUCUCUGCUGCAGCUGCUGCUGCUGCUGCUGCUGCUGCUGCUGCUGCUGUGCAAGAGGAGCAGCAGCUGCUGCGGCAGCUGAAGGAGCAGCAGCAAAAGAAGAAACACCACCUCUUCCACAAAGGAGAUCCUCAUUUCUACAGUUUAUAA